GGUCUCCUAUCAGCAGCAACCUCCACGUGGUGAGACCUGGGCAAUCAUUAUUAUUUGAUAUAUAAUUUAUAAUUAUAUCAUAUAUAAUUAAUAUUAUCAUAUAAUUAUAAACUUAUAACAAAUAAUAUGAGCUAAUUGGCUGCGAUUAGAUUUAGAUUAGAUUAGAUGUAGUUAAAAUAUUAUUUAAAAUUAUUUAAAUAAUUGCAAUAUUUUCAUUUUGAUUUUUAAAAUUAUUAAAUAUAAACAUAGAUUUUUAAUUUAUGUUUAUGUUUUAAGUUUUUUGACUUAGAAAUUUUAAUUUAGAAUUUUUAAAUAAAAUUUGUAAAUAAAAUAAAAAUAUUUUUUUGAUUAAUAAUUUUAAAGAUAAAAGUUCAUUUAUAUAUUCAAAAAAUUAAAAAAUAUAUGUAUAGAUCUUGUGAAUUUAGAAUCAAUUAUUAUAUAUUUCAAUUAACAGUUUUAUAAAAAUUUAUAUGAUCAAUAUAAAUCUGUAUAAUCAUUUAUAUUUUAAUAAGGAUUCGAAAAAUAAAAAAAAUAAAAAAUAAAAUUUUAAUCAUAACUUUACUUAUUUACAUAUUAAAUCUAUUAAGAUUUAAAAUACAUGAAUUUUGAAAUGAAAUUUAGGAAAAAUAAGGAAAAAUGUAUAUAAAAGUCAGUCAUAUUUAUUGCGACAUCUUAGUGUUGCCAUCUAUUGUAGAAUGUUACAAUAUAUACUGUACAAUAUAUUGAAUGUUACUCUAUUUUAUAGUUAGUCCAUGAUAAAAUUAUUAUACAUUAUAUUAUGGUAUUAUCUUAUUAUUGUUUUGAUAUGCCCUCUAUCAUUUAGAGUGGAGAAUUUAGGAAUUAAUUUUAUUUCCAACUGAAGUUAGGAGAAUAUAUUUCGAUGUUUAAUUGUAUGAUAUGAUAUUAUUUAUAUUAAAAAAGCGAUAAAAUGUCAAUAAUGAAAAUUUAUAUAUUUUUACAAUAAAAACUAAUAAAAUAAUGAUAAUAAAAAGUUAUCUUAAUUAUAAAAUUUAUAAAUUUUCAAUAUAAUUUCUGUAUCAUAUUGAUUGUGCAUAUUUUUAUUUGGUAAAAUAGGUUAUAUUAAAAUAUUAAAUAUGACUGAAAAGCAAAAAGUGUUAAUUUGUGGAGAUGUUGAGGGACAUUUUAAAUUUUUAUUUAAUAAAAUUGAUGCUAUUAAUAAAAAAAGUGGACCUUUUGAUUUUUUAUUAUGUGUUGGAAAUUUUUUUGGUAAAAAUAAUACAGAACUUGAAGAUUAUAAAAUUGGUAUAAAAAAUAUACCAGUUCCAACAUAUAUUAUUGGUGCUAAUAGGCAAGCUGAUUUAAAUAAUUAUCCAGAGAUAGAUGGUUGUGAAAUAUGUCAAAAUCUUACUUAUCUUGGAAAACGUGGAUUAUAUACUGCUAGUUCUGGACUUAAAAUAGCAUAUAUUGGUGGUAUAGAAAGUAAUUCUUCAGAAAUGAAAUCCAUUUGUUUUGAUGAAAAUGAUGUUAUGUCGAUUAAGCAAGCUUGCUUAAAAGGUCAACCUAGUUUUCGUGGAAUUGACAUCUUGAUGAGUUCUCCUUGGCCAGCUGAUGUUACAAAUUUAGAUCCUAAUAAACCAAACUUUAAAUAUCAAGGUUCAAAAUUAAUUGCAUGGUUAGCUGCUCAAGUAAAACCAAGAUAUCAUGUAUCAGCAUUAGAAGGAAUUCAUUAUGAAAGACCUCCAUAUAGAAAUCAAAGUUUACAAGAAGGAAAUAUUGAAAUUGCAACAAGAUUUAUAGCACUUGCACCUAUAAUAAAUAAUCAAAAAAAGAAAUGGUUAUAUGCAUUGAAUCUAACUCCUGUUGAUAGAACUCGUUUAUCUGAUUUAAUUAUGAAAACUACAGAUGAAACAGAUACUCCAUAUCCUAAAUCAAUGUUAUCAAAUAAUCCAUCCUUACAAAAAUUGGAACAGUUAAAACAGACACAAUUUUUUUAUGAUAUGGAAUCUAAAGAAACAAAUAAAAGAUCAAAGUCUUCUGAAGGUUCUAAUAAAAGAUCAAAACCAGAAUUUGAUCAAGCAAAAUGUUGGUUUUGUUUGUCAAGUCCUGAAGUUUCCAAGCAUUUAGUAAUAUCAGUUGGUACAGAAGUUUAUGUUGCACUUGCUAGAGGUGGAUUAGUUGAAAAUCAUUUUUUAAUUUUACCAAUAACACAUCAUCAGAGCCUUUCUAUUUUACCAAAAGAAGUAAAAGAAGAAAUUGAAUUAUACAAAACUGCAAUAUCCAUGUAUUAUGCUACUAUGGAUAAAGUGCCAGUAUUUUUUGAACGUAAUUUUAAAACAUCUCAUUGUCAAUUACAAGUAGUACCGGUUCAUGAAAAUCAAAUACCAGCUCUGAAAGAAACAUUUAUGGAAAUGGCAGAAUGUAAUAAUUUUAAAAUGUCAGAAUUGGCUCCACAUACCGAUUUGCAACAAAUUGCAAAACCAGGUGUUCUAUAUUUUUAUGUAGAAUUACCAGGUAGAGAAAAAUUAUAUUAUAGAAUAAAAAAAGAUUUUCCACUUCAAUUUGGUAGAGAAGUACUAGCUUCAGAUAGAAUAUUAGAUCUUGAUGACCGAGCUGAUUGGAAAGAUUGUCAAAUGGAUGAAGAGGAAGAAAUUGAAUUAGCAAAACGAAUUAGAAGAGAAUUUCAACCAUUUGAUUUAGAUACUUAAAAAUAUAUAAAAAUUCAACAAAUUGGAUGUUUUUAAAUAUUAUAAUUACAUGUACAUAUAUGGAAUUUUUUGUAAAAUAUAUAGAUACUAAUUUAUUAUUUUAUAAAAAUAAUCAAUGAAGAUAGAUAUUGUUCUUAAUUAAUAAUUUUAUUAUUUUUUUUUUAGAAUUUUAGUUGGAUCUAAUUUAUUUAGAUCUAUUUUUUUUUAUUUUGGCACUGCAGCUGGAUCUAAUCCACUUAAUUUCAUUUGUAAGGCUAUAUCAAGUAUAUAAUCGUAACAUUCAGUCCUAAAGAAAGAAUAUGUUUAAUAGAUAAAAAUAAAAAAAUAUUCAACAAUUAAGAUCAAGUUAAAAUUAAAUUACAUACAUAGUUUUUGCUUGUUGCCAUGUAUCACCCCAAACAUAAAUACCAUGUCUUCUUACUAAUACAGCACAAGUUUCUGGAUAAUUAAGAAUAAUUCUUUCCAAUUCAUAUUUUAAAUCUUCUUCAAAUGGAGUAUUUUCUAUUAUUGGUAUGACUAAUUCUUCAUCAUAACGAUAUGAUCUUCCCAAUUGUUGAUUUCUUAUACCUGUAUUAUGUAUUUAUAUAUUUUCAUAAAUAAAUAAAGAAUUAUAUAUUUUGUA